CUUCAUUCAUUUCCUCCAGUGAUUUUUUGUUUGAAGCAAAGCUUUUUUCGUAACCUUAACGAUGACGCUGACGCCUCUUGUUUACUGGGCACAACGCCAUGAUGAGAUUUACCUGCGUGUGGAGCUGACAGACGCCGUGAAUAUUGGUGUCCAAGUGCGUGAGAAUGUCCUUCAGUUUCAAGCUCUGGGGCAUGGCGCUAAAGGACAGCAUCAAUACGAGUUCAGAUUAGAGUUCCUUUUACCAGUAAAGUCAGAGGUGAGUCACAAGUCCACACAGCGGCAGGUAAACAUCACAGUGCGGAAAGAGCAGCGAGGCUGGUGGGAAAGGCUGACUGUCCAGGAGCGCAAACCGGUUUUCCUGGUACCAGACUUCAACCGCUGGCUGGAGGAGUCGGACGCCGAGAUGGAGAUCCGGGAAAAGGAGGAGAAAAGGAACAGGCUGAAGGCUGUGAGGCAUACAGAAGAAGGGUUCGUUAGCCUGAAAACAAGCUUUUUGUUUGUUUACAACCUGAUCCAGUUUCUCGGAUUUUCAUGGAUCUUUGUCAACAUGACUGUACGCCUCUUCAUCUUCGGCCAAGAUUCACUCUAUGACACGUUUCACACUAUAUCGGAUGUGAUGUUCUUCUGCCAGAUCUUGGCUUCCGUUGAGGUGCUGAAUGCUGCUUUUGGUUUUGUCCGAACUGGCGUUAUUCCCACUCUCAUACAGGUAGUUGGAAGGAAUUUUGUCCUCUUUAUCAUUUUUGGUAGCCUGGAAGAAAUGCAACACCGGCCAGUUGUGUUCUUUGUUUUCUAUCUGUGGAGCGCCAUUGAGAUUUUCAGGUAUCCAUUUUACAUGCUGCGCUGCUUUAACACCAAGUGGAAAACUCUCACUUGGUUGCGCUACACAGUCUGGAUACCACUCUACCCAUUAGGUGUUUUAGCUGAAGCUGUUGCAGUGAUACAGUCCAUUCCCAUAUUUGUCCAAACCAAACUCUUCAGCAUUCCUCUGCCGAAAGCCAUCGGCACUUCCAUCAGCUUCUCUCACGUCUUGCAUGCCUAUCUGAUCCUCAUGUUUUUGGGGCUUUUUAUCAACUUUCGGCAUCUCUACAAGCAGAGGAAAAAGCAAUUCCAGACCAAAAAGAGGAAGGCACAUUAAUUCAGCACCAACAAUAAACGCCUCUGCUGCCUGCUUACAUCUGGACACUUUUUAAAAGCCUCACCUCCCAAAACUAAUUCAGUUCAGGAUUUUAAAAAGUUAUUUUCUUUUCCACAACUUCUUUGGUCUUUCUAAAAAAGACAUCCUCUAUCUUUUGCAUAACCAUUCCACAGAUUGUGCGAUAUUUCAUCCUUGCAUGGUCACAUUCACCAGAUUUGGAUUUGCUCCCUUGGAUGUUUUUUUUAGGAUUGCUGUGUUUUUACAUGAUUUGUCAGCAACAGGCUCUGAAUAUACAACCUUGCUGUUGUCACCUGAUAAACAGUCAUUACUGUUUUAAUAAAGAGGGAACAGUAUCCUCUAA